AUGCCUGAUGAUAUUUAUGUAGAGCUUCUACACUUCAUUGCUCAGAAAUGGUACUCUUGUUUUAAGGACAUACCUCUGUUAAGGUUUAUUGAUUCCACUGGUGGCAUAUCUUUGUUAAGUGUAUCACAAGCAACGAAUGGUUAUCAGAAGCUAUGUAUUGCUAACGGUGACGAUCAGAUCAUCACAUGGCUCAUCAACUGGAAUCGGGAGUUUAUAUCUGUCUCAAAACUAUAUUUUAUGCCACAAACCUUGCAAUUGUCUUUAAGAAAGUCAAAAUCAGGAGUAAUGGAUUGGCUCAAGAAUUCUGUGAAGCUGCAGAGUUUAAGUCUUCAUGACUAUGGGUCAAUUGUGAUCAAGUCACUAACUAGUAGCAACCUUGUCAUAGCCUUCACUCAUUUUCUAUAUCAUUCUCGUAGGUAUAAUUAUGCUAGUGAAUGGUGCAUAAACUCAUUGUUCUCUCACUUGCCAAUAGUAGAUGAAUACAGUGGAGUGAUAUUAGGAAAGAGAGAAGUCCUUGUGCCGGCCAGUGUGAGCAAAUGGGCAAUAUUAAUUGGUUCAAAUCCUUGGAGGCAUGACAAUUAUGUUGUAUUGAGUAGGGAGUAUUUGUCUUCUGCCAAUUUUGCAGGAAAUGUUACCUGUGAAGGACUGAUUUUAAAAUUCCUGCAACAACAUGGUAAGGCCUCUGAUAUUCCACAAGUUUAUCCUCCAAAUGCAGCUUUCAGAACUAACUUUUUUAGCAGCAUUAAAACUGGAAGCUGGUUGAAGACAUCAAUUGGUUACAAGUCACCUUCUGAGUCAUUCUUGCCGAGCUCCGGUUGGGGAAGACUACUUCAGGAAGCAUCAACACUUGUUGACAUACCAAUAAUCCAGAAAGAUUUUUAUGGUGAAAAGAUAACAGAGUACACCACAGAACUUAAAGAAAUUGGAGUCAGAUUUGAAUUUAUGGAUGCAUCACAAUAUAUUGGUAACCAUCUCAUGGCUGUUACAGCUAACUCCACCUUAACCAGAGCAAAUGUCUUUUCAUUGCUGAAGUUGGUCAGAUAUUUGGGAGAGGUAAGCUUAUCCCCUCUGUAUCUAAUUCAGAGCACCAAAGCUUCAAAAUGGCUAAAAACAUCAGUUGGUUUCAGAUUACCAUCAGAAUCCAUAUUGCUUGAUUCAGAAUGGACACUUGCAUCACAUGUCAGUAAUCUCCCUUUCAUAGACACUUCAUUCUAUGGCGAGCAGAUUGUUGAUUACAAGACUGAGUUGCAAUUGUUUGGUGUUUUAGUUAGAUUCAACAAAAAUUAUAAGGUUGUGGUUGAUAACUUUAAAAUUCCCUCAAAUUGUGUUUCUGCUGAUGCUGCCAUUUUCAUACUUGAAUGCAUACGAAAUGUAAACAUUCCUGAUGAUCUCAUCAGAAAGUUAUCACAGACUAAAUGGUUGAAUACCCAGCUUGGCUAUCAACAUCCAGGUGAAUCUUUUAUGGCUGUCAUAGAAUGGGAAUGCCUUCUUCAGGUUGUUAGUGGCAUUCCGAUAAUAGAUGAGCCAAUGUAUGGCGGUAGAAUCAGGUCAUAUCUGGCAGAGCUAAAGAGAGUUGGAGUAACAGUAACCAGAGAUGACUUCUCAAAAGCUAUUGGUACUCGACUGAAUCUCCUUAUAAAGAAAACAUUGAUCACUAACAAAAAUGUUCUCGCAUUGUUAACAUGUUAUAGGCAGUUUAUCAUAAAGCAAAUUACAUUCCCACAUGAUCUUUUCCUUUUCUCCCUUGAGAAGGAAUGGUUGCAUACUAAUCUUGGAUUUAGAUCUCCAAAAGCUUCCAUCCUAUUUGGUCCAGAGUGGGAGCCUAUCUCAGCUAUAACAAAUCUUCCAUUUAUUGACGGCUAUUCUGCAUUUUAUGGUUACUCCAAUGAGAUUAAUGGUUUCAAAAAUGAGCUCAAGGCCUUUGGUGUUGUAGUUGACUUCAAAGAGGGAGCUAAAUUUGUUAUAGACAGGAUCAACCUUCCAAGAGAUCCUUCCGUCAUUAAUCCAGUUAGCAUUAUAUCCUUAUUUCAGUGCAUUCGCAAUAUGAAGGAAAACACAAAGUCUCUUCCUAUGAAGUUCAAGCAACAGAUGAAAAGUAGAUGGAUAAAAACAUUUCUUGGAUACAGAUCUCCAGAAGAGAGCAUUCUCUUUGAUCCCAAGUGGAGUUUGCUAAGGAAAGACGGUCCCUUUAUUGAUGACAUCUUCUAUGGAUCUGAGCUUACAUCUUAUAAAAGGGAGCUUAAAGAAAUUGGUGUAUCUGUGAAUGCCACUCAAGCAUGCCUGUUACUGGCGCUUCAUAUUAAGUGUCACUCUGAUAUUACCAGAAUCUCGAGAGUGUACCUAUUCUUGAAUGAACAUAAAUGGGUGGCUUAUGUUAAAGCUGCAGAGUGGAUUUGGAUCCCAAAGGGUGGUGGAGAAUGGGUGAGCUCGAACAGGUGCAUACUACAUGAUAAUCUUGACCUGUUUGGUUCCCAACUCUUUAUUUUGGAUAAAUACUAUGACACAAAGCUUCUUGAAUUCUUUUCAAGGGCUUUUGGGAUUCGGCUUGGUCCAUGCAUCGAUGACUACUUGAAGCUCUGGUCCUCGUGGGAAGUUUCAGCGCACCACCUUACUGUGCAGCAAUGCUCCGCUUUCUGGGUCUUCAUUGUGAAGCACUGGAAUAGCAACACAGAGAAACUUCUGCAGGGAAGCAUAUCAAAAGUACCAGUUCAAAGUAAUGACGAGGUCAUUCUUUCCAACAAACAAGAUGUAUUCAUUCCCGAUGAUCUCUUGCUGAAGGAACUGUUUGACAAGGUUUCUGGAACAAUCUUUGUCUGGUAUCCUCUAGUUACCUCUCCGACACUUUCUAGAGCAAAUAUGAACAAGAUAUAUAGCAGCAUUGGUGUUCGAUUAAUUUCUGAGGUUGUACAAAAGGACGAGUCUUUCAGGAUUACUGGUGCUAGUUUUAGGGAAGUUGAUCCGAGAUCUCUUGUAUCAAAUAAUGGAUUGCUGAGGAUUGUACUUGCCUUUCUUUCCGAUACUUCUCUUGAUAUAAUUGCUACUGAAAGGCAUCGUCUUGUCAAAUAUUUGAUUGAUUUAGAAGUUUUGGAAAUUGAUGAGCCUAUUACAGUUUGCUAUAAGCUGACAUUAUCCACUGGAACAAUAUUAGAUUCAAAAGCUACCAGAAUGUUCAGUUGGGAGAAGGAUAAUGCGAAGCUAUUCUUACAAAGUGGUGAAGGUAGAACGAAGCCAAAGAGACAUAGCAUUGAAUAUGCAACAAAUUUUGCUGAUGUGAUUGCAAAGGGCUUACUGUCUGAAUUUCCUUACCAGAUUGCUUCACUUGCUGAGCUUAUUAGGCUUGGUUGCUUUGUAGACUUUGAGGAAGAUGCAAUCGACUUCUUGUUGAAGACCAAGAAUCUCCAGUUGUUUCCUGAAGACGAAGAGUUUCUAUCAUCUAUAGCAUCCACAAAGAAUGUGGGAAAGACUGAAACUGGAGAAACUGCACAGUCGACUGCUACCUGA